AUGUUUUCCUCUCUGCGAGGCUAUUCAAAGUUGUCUUCUCAACGGGAGCCUGAUGAGGCUCUCUCUGAAGAGCAGAGCGAGGCAUAUGAUGGCUCCCAGGGGAGAAAAGCAUUUAGGAAACACUCUAAAGCCGUUUUGAUGAGCGGCUGGAUUUGUUCAGCCGUGCUGAUGGUUCUACUCUGCCUUCAGUUUUGGAGGUCUCAUGAACUGUCCGACUUGAAGUGUCUCCAGAGGACUUCGGCAUAUUCGCCUAUUCUGAACGAUAUUCCUACCACCUUGACAGAAAUCAGAAUGAAUGGAACGUUCACUUUUCCAUCCAUCUAUCGAGGAGAGCCUAGUCCGGAGAUUGACGCUGCAUGGGACAGAGUCAGCAUGCUAAGACCACUUGAUAUUCACUUGACAGACGCAGAAUUUCUCAAGAUCGGCCGCAGCGUGGAGACCGCUGCACGAAAUGCCCCAGAGAACGGAGGAGGUUUCUUUUUGCAACCGGAAUUUUCACAUCAACUACACUGUGUAAACCUUCUUCGCAAAGUCUCGCACUUCAAAUUCGGCUACUACAAACCACGCGACCCUGACUUCACAGACAACGUCGAACUUUUCAAGACACAUAUUGACCACUGCACGGAAAUGCUUCGCCAAUUUAUCAUGUGUCAUGCCGACGUUGGCAUUGUCACGGCACAUUGGAUUGAUCAACGUCGCGCAGCGUGGCCGGAUUUCAACACCAAUAAAGUGUGCAGAGACUUUGAUGCCAUUUUGGAGUGGGCUCAGGAUCAUCAAUUGCCACCAGGGACCCCUCUGCGACCUUCCAAACCCCUUGGUGCUUCCGCGCUUCCUGCGCCGCCAUAG